AUGUCCUCUGAAAAAUCCCAGCCACAAGUGACUUUGUAUCGGGGGUGGGACAGUCCAGGCCGUUAUGUGUGGUCGCCAUUUGUCGUCAAGGUCGAGGCUCGACUCCGAUUCGCCGGAUUGAAGUAUAAAUCAGAAGUUGGAUCUGUCCAACAAUCUCCAAAAGGGAAAAUACCAUACGUUGACAUUGGAUCAUCUUCAAGAGAGACGAAAACUUUAAGCGACAGUGCUUUAAUUGUGGAUAAAUUGGUUGAUGAGGGGUUAUUGAAAGAUCUCAAUGCAAGACUCAGUCCGGUGGAGAGAGCACAUGAUGUAGCGAUCAGAGCACUUCUGGAAGAUAAAUGGUAUUUUUACCAAGCAUGCGAAAAAUGGCAUGAGAAUUAUUACGCCAUGCGAGGCCAUGUUCUUUGGAGACUGCCAUACCCUGUUCAAGUAGUUGUUGGUCUUCUCGUGUAUCGCAGUGUAUCUACAACACUUCAUGGACAGGGUUCUGCUCGGUAUACCGAAGAAGAAGUCAGCAAGUUUAGAGCUGAGAUCUGGGGCAGUAUUGAAGAUCUGCUCAUAGAUUCAAAGAGGAAGCAGGAGGGAAGCCAAAAGCCAUUUUGGGUUUUGGGUAAUGACCAUCCGUCGGAAGCUGAUACCGCACUAUUUGGAGCAAUUUCUGCAACACUUGUUACGACAGCCUCACCAAAAAGCACGAAAGCUAUCAGGAGUUAUCCGACGGUUAUGGAGUAUGCGAAAAGGAUUCAUGAAGAAUAUUUUCCAGAUUUUGAAAUCUGGACAUGA